GUCGGUCCAUCCAGAACCAGCCUGCGUCAGCGCCAGUAGAAGCGGGGAAAAUCCUUGGCCUCCGAGAGCCCGUGAACGCACCAUUACCCGGGCAAAUCAAACAGUGUCUCGCGCAGAGUUCAGCCUCGUCUUCAGCAGCCUCCCUGGACAUGUGAGCAUGGGCAGCUACAGCGACUGCAGCAGUGACCCCGAUGAGGAGCUGCCUGUGUUCGACUUCCUCCAGCCAGCUCGUCAUUUAAGCCAGGCCUCCCAGAGACAAGCUGAGAAACCACACUUGGUCGACCUCGAUGAUUCUGAUGCAUCAGCAGCAGCCGUCUCCUCCCCAGGGAGGGGUAGCCGUGGUGUGUGCACGGGAACAGCUGAUGUAACGAUAAUUAGCAGCAGUUCUGAUGAUGAUGAUGAGCCUUAUGUCCCUUUGGCACAGAGAAUCAAGCAAAAGCGAGACAAUGUGAUCAGCGCCUCCUCUGUGGCCACUAAUGGGAACGGUGCUGAGCACUUUCUGCCAUCCGGUCUGGCCAGCUCACAGCUCUCGUGCCAGAAUGGCUUUUUAGAGUCAGAGUGCCUGCUUGGCUCAUAUCAGGUGAGAAAAAUGGGCCGUGAACAGGACCUCGAAGAGCUGCCUCUGAAGAGAGCAAGGAGCAUAGACACCUCUCCUGCCAAGAGGAGACCUGGCAAGCGGGUGGUUGAGGAGAUCCAGGCCUCCGGGGAGGAGGCUCUGAGGAGGAGGCAGGCCAGGGAGAGACAGCAGCGGGAUAAGGAUGUGCUCAGGGAGGAACGGGAGAGACAGAAAACAGAGAGGAAAGCUCUGGCAGAGGCUGCUAAGGCCCUGAGGCCAGAGGAGUGUAUCAAGCACAUGGUGGUGGUGGUGGAUCCAGCUCUCUUACAGCUGGAAGGAGGCGGCACUCUGCUGGCCUCGGUGCAGGCUCUGGGUUGUAGCUGUGCGAUCGAGAAACAACCCCUCCCACGCAGUGUGAGCUGGAUGAGGAGAGCUCCCUGUGUGCAGCCAGAUGAAGGAGCGUCUGUACCAGAGGCCUACGUCGUGAUGCAGAUGACGGUGGAGGACUUCAUCACUUUGAUCCACAGCUACAUUCAGGAACAGAGGCGUGGCAGGUCAGACUGUGGACCCACGCUGACAUCCUGGGUCCAGGAGCAGCAAAGGCGCCACCGUGGCCGGACCCUCAGCCUGGCAGUGAUGGAGCUGGAGAAAUACUUCAGAUCGCAGAAGUCUCAACAUCAGAAGAAUUUUCGAGAGGCCGUCACAAAGACGGGUGGAGGUAAAGCCAAGAAGAGGGAGAAGAACGGCGGAGCUGCUGUGCUCCCGGAGGUGUCCCGAGUCGAAGUAGAGGAGGCACUGGUGCAUCUCCAGCUUCACGCCGGUGUCUCGGUCCGCUUCUUCAGUACCUGGAGGGACUUCUCGAACCACAUCGCCAUGACAACCAAAGCGGUGGCAGAGGCUCCUUUCAAGAGAGAGCGGGAGAAGACGGGCUUUUCCUUCCACCUGGAGAGUGAGUGGGCAGGGGGCCAGCGGGUGGAUAGAGCUGGGAAGGGCCUGCUGCAAGUGUGGAAGAGACAGAUUCAGCAGUUCAACAGAGUGAGCCCAGACAUGGCUGCUGCCAUCCUGGCAGCUUAUCCCUCCCCACAGCUGCUCGAGCAGGCUUACAGUCUGUGCAGGACCGAACAGGAGAAGCUCUCUCUGCUGUCUGACCUGCUGAUCCGCAGAGGAGAAGGCGUCACCUCAACCUCCCGCAGAGUCGGCCCAGAACUUUCCAAACGCAUCUUCCUCACAAUGAGCUCCUGUGAUCCGGAGCAGACCGUGGACUCCAGCCUUUGACCUCUGACCUCUGAUUCUGACCUUGUUGCUGGCAGGUUGUCGUUCUUUGAAUUUAAUAUCUCUUUAAAAUUCUGAUUUUUUUUUUUUUAACAAUUUCUAUUCAUGUAUUAAAGUUUUAUUCAGCUAACA